UCAAAUAACUUGCAGAUUCUGUACAAUCGAGAUCUUGGUUUUGCUUUGGGCUUUUUUUUCUUUGUAAACUUUUUUGUCAAUAUCUUGGGUUUGUUCCUGAAUAUGCUAUAUGUUGCUACUGGAUGAGUCAGCGAAUUCAUAUUACCAAAAGAAUAAAAAUAAAAAACAAAAGAUUGGUCAAAGGUGUAUUGAUCAAGACCAUGGAGGUACUGGAGUAGCAACUCCCACCGCUGUCGUGGUUGGCACUAGAGUAGGUGCAUCUCAAGGUGUAUUGAUCAAAGGAGGCCAAGCUUUAGAAAGUGCUUAUAAGGUGAACUGCAUUGUGUUUGACAAGACAGGGACCCUCACAGUUGGGAAGCCAGUGGUUGUUAAAACAAGACUCCAGCAAAACAUGGUACUUGGAUACUUCUACGAACUUGUUGCUGCAACAAAGGUAUAUUUUGUGAAGUCCAGCCGCACCGACAGUGUGAAACCAGCCAUACUACCACCGCUCAGCCACCAUUAUUGACAGUGGUUGCUGCAAUUAACACCAAAAAACAACUUGCUAAACAAUUAUGAGCAAUUCUCAGAGAGUUGGUGUUGAAUAUCAUAACCGAAUUGAAAAUGGUGGACAUGCAACCGACAUAGUGAGCUUAUAAAUAGGCUCCAUAUCAUUGCAUUCAAGCCAAGCAAUCUCAAUCCAAUCCCAAGAGAGGAAUGUUGAGAGCAUUAUAAAGACUCCAAAGAGAGCUUGAGAGGAGAGUUAAAACUCCAGGAGAUAGUUUGAUAGAAUAGAAAGAGAUUCUACGUGAGAA